CAUGCCUGAGCCUGUCCACGCCUACUCCUGCCCACUCUUCUGGACAGAGUACGAAGGCCACUGCUACCGCUACUUCCCCAUCAACAAAACCUGGGCUGAAGCUGAUCUCUACUGUGCCGAGUUCUCCAUUGGCAUCAGAUCAGCCAAGCUGGCCUCCAUCCACAGCUGGGAAGAAAAUGUCUUUGUGUAUGACCUGGUGAACAGCCGCGUGCCAGGAAUCCCCACCGACAUCUGGACAGGACUCAACGACCUGCGGCAGGAGGGUCACUUCGAGUGGACAGAUGGCUCCUCCUACGACUACCACUACUGGGACGGCAGCCAGCCUGACGAUGGGAUCCACUCCAUCCCCGAGGAGGAGGACUGUGUGCAGAUCUGGUACAGACACAGCAGUGCACUUCGAUCCUGGAAUGACAACGCCUGUGGCAGAGCCUUCCCCUUCGUCUGCAAGAUCCCCUCGCUGGCCCUGGACUGAAGCUGC